CACACCAAGUUAACUCAAAAGUGCGCGCACGCCCAACAGAAGUGGUAGCGUAAACAAUCGAGCAUAAACGCAGAAGUGCACUGCACAUGUCUUCAAGUUCAAGAGCACCCGAGCGUGGCGAGGGGCCGGGCUCUCCCGCAGCGCCACCGCGCAGCGCCGCCGCAGCUGCCGCCACUUCACCUCCUGGCCCGGCUGCCCCGCGGCGGCGCUACGAAUGGAUAUAUGAGGUCGCGCCCGCGCCCCUGCCCUCCGAGCCCGGCGCCCCGCCCGCCUUCAGCCCAGCCUACCGGCACGUGUGGGCGCGGCGCGGCUUCCCGCAGCCGCCCGGGGGCGCCGCCACCUGCUGGCAACUGUGGGCCGCCGCGGUGCGGGACUUCGGGCCCGCGCCCUGCCUGGGCUGGCGGCCUGCUACUGCCGACGGCCGGGCGGGGCCGUACCGGUGGCUCAGCUACAACCAGGUGGACGAGCAGGUGUCGGCUCUGGCCGCGGGUCUGGCGGCGGCGGGUCUGGCGGCGGGGGACCGCGUGGGCGUGUACGGCGUCAACUGCCCCGAGUGGAUGAUGGCACAGUUGACCUGCAACCGCAUGAGCUACGUGUGCGUCCCCGUGUACGACACGCUGGGGCCCGCCGCCGUACGGUACGUGCUGCGGCACGCCGGCGUGCGGGCGCUGUUCGUGGGCCGGGAGAAGCUGGCGGCGGCCCUGGCGGCUGUAGCACCGCCCGCCGCCGCCGCAGACACAGGGGCUGUAGCAGGAGGGCCCUGCGGCCGUGACGGCGCGCCGGCGGCGGCGGCUGGGGAGUGGGCGGGUCAGGGCCGGGGUCAGGAUCACGGUGCAGGAGACUCGGGGGAGGGCGGUGGUGCGGAGUCGGGGCCGGGAGGGGAGGCGGGAGGGGAGGCGGGAGGGCAGGAGGAGGAGGACGAGCUACAGCUGCAGCUGGUGGUGUGCUGGGGCCCACGGCCCAUGGAGCACCUACUGCCGGACUCGACGGCUGUAGCAGCAACACACGCAGGCGCACCGGCAGCAGCGCCGGCAGUAGCACCGGCAGUGGCCGCGCACGCUACUAGGCCGGAAGCUGGCAGCGGGGGUAGCGGCGGCGGGCCUACCGCCUCCGCCCAGCACCCGCCCCCGCCGCCGGGUGUGGCGGCCGCACAGGCCCCACAGGGCAGUGCGGCACCGCCUGCGCCGGCACCGGCACAGGCCGGACCCAGGCCGCCGGUAGGCCGCAAGACCACCCUCUCUGGCGGCGCCGGCGCAGCCGGUCCUGCCGCCGCCGCCGCCGCCGCCACCAGUGGCGGCUAUAGCCGGGCUGGAGGCAGUGGCGGCGGCGUCAUCGGCGGCGCCGGCAUUGAAGGUUUUCGACUGGGUGGUGACCCGCUUGCGUGUGGCGGUGGCGGCGCCGCCGCCAACGCCGCCAUCAUGGAUGGCCCCGGGGCGCUGCGUGUCGGCGGUGGCAUACGGCUGGUGGGCUUCGGCCAGCUGAUGGCGGCGGGCACGGCGGCGGCGGCGGCGGCGGCGGCGGCAGCAGGCGAGGCGGCGGGCGGUUUGGCGACGGGGGCGGCGGCGGCGCCGUGGCUGCCGGCGGUUCCUCCUGCGCCGGAUGACCUGGCCACCAUCAUGUACACCAGCGGAACCACUGGGGUGCCCAAGGGCGUGAUGCUGCCCCACCGGUGUCUGGUGGCGGCGGUGGCGGCCCUGAACGCGACCGUCCAGCGCUUUGGCGAGCGUGUGGGCCCCGGGGACUGCCUGUUCAGCUUCCUGCCGCUGGCACACAUAUUCGACAGGCUGGCUGAGGACACGGCGCUGGCCCACGGCGCGAGUGUGGGCUACUGGUUCGGCGACGUGGAGCGACUGGCGGCGGACGCGGCGGCGCUGAGGCCCACCGUGUUCAUCGGCGUGCCGCGGGUGUUUGACCGGAUCAAGGCCACCGUGGACCACCGGCUGCGCCAGGCGGGCUGGCUGCGUCGCGGCCUGUUCACCGCCAUGAUGCGGGCCCGCACCUCCGCCCUGGCCGCCGGCGCCGUGCGGCCCGACCAGCCCACCUUCCGACUGAGGCUGUGGCCGCUGCCGCCGCCCUGGGCCCCGCUGGCGGCGCUGUGGCGGCGGCCCCGGUCGCGGCGGGAGGCGGCGCAAGCGCAGGCGCAGGGGGCGGCGGAGGGGGCGGAGGGGGCGGCGCAAGUGCCACAGGCGGGCGAGAUCGAGGCGCAGCAGGAGUGGGCGCAGGACCUGGCAGAGGCAGAUGAGAAGCAGGAGCAGCAGGCAGCUCGGCGGGAAGGGGGGAAGGCGGCUGGCCGCGGCGGCAGCCAGGAGGGGGGCGACCGCGCCGCUGCACCGGAGCUGCGGCGCCGGGCGGAUGGCAAGGUGGAUGGCAGGACUGACCGAGCUGAUGAUGCGGCAGGCGGCGAGGAGGCGGAGGAGGCGGAGGAGGCGGAGGAGCCGGAGGAGGCGGAGGAGCCGGAGGAGCCGGAGGUGGCGCCGCCCGGUGGAGGACGCGGCGGUGUGGGCCUGGGUCUGGGCUGGCUGGACUGGCUGGUGUUCCGGCGGGUACGCAACGCACUGGGAGGCCGACUGAGGCUGGUGGUGAGCGGCGGCGCGCCUCUGUCUCUGGGCGUGGAGACCUUCCUGCGCGCCUCUCUGGGCUGCCCGGUGGUGCAGGGCUAUGGGCUGAGCGAGAGCUGCGCGGCGUCACUCAUGCAGAACCCCUUCCGACCGGAGCAAGCAGGCAGCUGCGGCCCGCCGCUGCUGGGCACGGAGCUGCGGCUGCGCUCGCUGCCCGAGCUGGGCUACCUGGCGGCGGGCGGCGGCAGCGCCUGCCAGCUGCCCGCGGGGGAGCUGCUGCUGCGCGGACCGCAGAUGUUCACAGGCUACUACCGGCGGCCCGACCUCACGGCAGAGGCCUUCAUCAACGACCCCACAGAGCCCGCCACCGCCUCUGCCACUGCCACUGCCACUGCCACUGCCGCUGCCACUGCCGCUGUGGGUGGCACUGUGGGCGGCACUGAGGCUGUCACUGCCACUGAUUCUGGUGGAGGCGGCGGCGGGCGGUGGUUCUGCACGGGUGACGUGGCAGCGCUGCGGCCGGACGGCAGUGUGGCCGUCAUCGACCGCGCUAAGAGCAUGUUCAAACUGGCGCAGGGCGAGUACGUCAGCCCGGAGCACUUGGAGUCGGUGCUGGGCGCCGCGCCGGUGGUGGAGCAGGUGUGGGUGACGGGCGACAGCCGCCGCCGCCGCCUGCUGGCGGUGGUGGUCCCGCACAAGCACAAGCUGCUCACGCUGGCGGGGGAGGUGCGCAUUCUGCCGCCCGCACACCCGCACCGCCUGACGACCGCCAGCCAGCGGCAGCAGUACGACGAGGCCACCGACAGCAGCCUGCAGCACACCGGCGCGCAGGAGGCGGCGGCGGCGCCGGCCGGGCCAGUGGCGGAGCAGCAACCCCCGCCUGCACCGCCGGAGCACGCGCCGCCGCCGCCGCCUCCUCAGCGCCCCGCCUCGGCGUCGGCCGCACCUCGGGCUCCUGCCGCCCCGCCCGGCUCGCCCAAGGCAGUCCUGGCUGACCCCCACUCGGCCCCCACACUGGUCGCCACUCUGUGCGGCUCGCCGGCUGUGCGGCAGGCGGUGCUGCAGCAGCUGCAGGCUGUGGGCCGCGCCGCCGGCCUGCGCGGCUUCGAGCUGCCUGCGGCCGUGCACCUGACCGCCGAGCCCUUCACGCCCGAGGGCGGGCUGCUCACGCCCACACUCAAGCUGCGGCGGCCGGCACUGGUGCGGCGGUACGGCCCGGCACUGGCGCACAUGUACCGCGAGCUGGGGGAGGAGUGAGCGCGCGGGCGGGAGGGAGAAAGCGGGACGGAGUAGGAGGGAGAGAGGGAGUGGGAGGGAGAUAGGGAGUGGGAGGGAGGGAGCGGGAGUGGGAGGGAGCGGGGGUGGGAGGGCCUGAGGGGGCAGAGCAGGCGACAGGCCCCAGCGCAGGGGUAUUGUGUGUUGAGAGGGAUACCAGGCAAGGAACACGCCGAUGCAUUGAGAAGGCACGUAGCAUCAUUGCGGCAGGCAGGCGUGGGCGCGCAUUACCCGGGCAAAGUGCCGUGGAAUGCGCCGAGGUACGGGGGGGGGUUGGCGUUGUCGGCGACAGUGGCGUUGUAUGGCGGCGUGCGUGUUGUGCGUGUGCGGGAGAGCAGACCCGUAGGCAAGUCCCAGCAAGGGUCCCAGUAGUGGGCAGGCAUGCGGCGCAGUCCCAGUACCAGAUGACAAUACGGUACACGAGGGCGUUUGUGUGCCGUAUGUGUGUGUGUGUGGGGGGGGGAGGGCAAGUGUCUGUGUGUGUAUGGAGGGGAGGGCACGACCAGCCUCAAGGUGCCUCAAGGCGGGUGCUGCACCGAAAGCCCGGGGGCAGUGCUUGCCAGUCUUGAGCGAACUCCUGGGGGGCGGGGUUGUAGAGUGGAAAUUCAAGCGGAGCGGGGCUGAGCUGAGCUCGAUUGAGGCGGCUUUCAAGGGAGAGCCUCAUGCAUGGCGAGUUCGCUGGAGGUGGGUGGACAGGGGUGAGCGGAAGGUUGAGAGGUGGUCGCCGUCGCAGGAGGGUGGUCGCAGAGUCGGAG